AGGUUUUAAAAUCUAACUCUUUUGAUCUGGGUCAGUCACGUUUGAGUAGUUCUUUAAUAUCCUGAGAGGCUAAAUUCCUUUAUUCUUACUCUGAUGAGACAGGUGUCCCCUGGUUUCCCACCUACUGUUACCAUGGAAUAAUUUGGCUUGGGAGGACCUUAAAGCUCAUCUCAUUCCACUCCCUGCCAUGGGCAGGGGCACCUUCCACUAUCCCAGGUUGCUCCAACCUGGCCUUGAACACUUCCAGGGAUGGGGCUUCUCUGGAUAACAGCCCUUGGGGUUGUCCUUUCUCUUCCCAACCCCUUUGAGUUACUCUAGUGGUUCAGCGAGAAGCUGCUUUGUAUCUAACGAGGAAGGGGAGUGUCCACCUUUCUGCCUCCAUGAUUUCCUUGCUGCCCAGUCCCCUGUGUAAUCCCUGGCUGUGGAAUUGCUGCCCUCAGGUGGGAGGCACCAGGGUGCUGGCGGGUGCCCAGCACGAGCCCGUGGUGCUGAACGUGCUGCGCCUGGCCGGGCACAACGAGGGAAGCAAGGGCCAGCACUUCACCGAGGCCCAGCACACCUUCUCCUGCAGCACCAGCCUGGGGGACCUGCACAGAGCCCUGGCUCCCUCGGGAGGAAUCGUCCUCAAGAACAGCUCUGGAGAAGAGAAAGAAGCCAAGAGCUGGGAGGUUUUCCGCGAGGAAGAUAUGGAGGAAACGGUCCGGAGCGUUGGGCUGAGGGAUGGGUGCUCAGUGCUCGUCUUGGACAGCCAUGACCAGAGCUUUGUGAACAUUUCCAGUGGCAAUCUGACAGCCUUUACCUGUGACAUCAGCUGGCUCCAAGUGAAGAACUUCUGUGGGGCAGAAGAUGAAGAGAACCAAGUUAAAAUUACUGCCACUAUUGAAACAGUGAUGUCAGAUAUCAAAAUGAAAGCAAUAAGGGAGCUUCACCUGGGAGAGGAACUUGCAAGUGAGAGCUGUCUCAGACCUGUUAGUGGGAAUGGGAAACUUCUGUCUCCAGUGCCUGAGGAUUACACUGUCAAGGAAGCAGAACUGAAGAUGGGAAGCUUGCUUGGGUUGUGCCGUGGGAAGGCUCCAACUUCCACUCAGCUCUUCCUGUACUUUAUGGUUGGGAGCGACCCAAACUCGAGCCCCGAGAUGGAGAUAGUUGUGGAGGAGACUGCCUCUGUCAGAGAGGUAAGGCAGCUUUGGGAAUUUCUGGCUCUGCUGCUCCUGGAAAACAUUCCCUACACCCUUUGCCUCACUCAGAAUCGGAGGGAGAGGAGUUGGGAAGAGGAAACUCUCCCAGUGCUUCCAGUGGUGGCAAGCAGUGGCUGGAAAGUGUUGAGUUUGCAGGUUUAGAUAUUUAAAAAGUUCCUCUGCAAACUCGGGGACAGAAUUUAUUCAAAUAAGGAUUUCUUCAAAAUUUAUUCAAAAAAGGAACAAACUGACAGCAAAGGUUUAUUUUUUUUAACAGUUUGGAAAAGCUGACUGAGCUGAGGGGAAUUUCCUGCCUGAAAACCAUCUCAUCUCCCUGAAGGGUUUAAUAUACAGCUCAAAAAAAAUACAUCUUGU